AUGAGGCAGUCCUGCAUGUCCAUCGUCUUCACCGCGGCGCUCAUAUUCAAGUGCUGCGACCUGUCGGGGGCGUUACCCAUGGGCAAGGCUGAGGACGGCUCCUUGGAGCAGGAGACUUUCGCCUCGACGGAAAACGGCUUCAGCGACGCAGACCUGGCCGGCGAGGAGAAGCCGAGCGGGCCCCGGGUCAUCGUGGUGGCCGACCCCAGCGUGUGGAGGGACCUGCGGGUGCUGCACAACGGCCUGUCCCUGUACAAGAGGCGAGCGGACCACAGCGACCAGGCGGCCCAGCACAAGGACGCCAGCCAGGGCGGGAACAUCCCCAUCCUGAGGAGGGACAACAUGAGGUGCAUGGUGGGACGGGUGUACCGGCCAUGCUGGGAAGUCUAG